AUGUCAGUGGAAGUUAUAAACGAACAGCCGCAAUUAUUAAAUACAACUCAUAAGCUUGCUAUACUUCAUGCUAUCAAAUGGAAGUUUGUGAUUGCCCUAGUCACCGUAGUUAUCGGUGCGAUAAUAUUGGGACCCAUUCUUGCAAUUCUUGUUCUACAUCCUAAAUUAUCAGCUAAUGCAACCAUCCAUUUCACAAUAACAACUACAGUACAACGACAACGCCAAGCACGCCGACCAUGA